AUGCGUCUCCCAAUCCUAGCAAUAGGGACCCUCUUCUCCCUCACAACCCUAACCCAAGCCUUCACCCACCCCGGCCUCCUCCACACAAACGAAGACUUCAAACGCAUAAAGUCCAAAGUCCAAUCCAACUCCGAACCCAUCCUAACAGGCUGGUACAAGCUCACCAACAGCUCCUUCGCCAAUCCCUCCUACAUCCCGCGGCCCCAGGAAACAGUCUACCGCGGCAAUGACGGCGUCCACCCCCAAAACUACCCAAACCUGUACAAAGACAUCGCCGCGGCCUACGCCCUCGCCAUCCGCUGGAAAGUCACCGAUGACAAAACCUACGCCGACGCCGCGGUCUCCAUCCUCGAUGCCUGGGCCGGAACCCUGAAAGCUAUCUCUGGGAACUCGGACAAGUUCCUUGCAGCCGGGCUUUAUGGCUACGAGUUUGCUAAUGCAGCGGAACUGAUGCGGGAUUAUUCUGGUUGGGCGGAGGAGAAGUUCCAGGCCUUCCGGGAUAUGAUGGUCAAUGUGUUUUAUCCUAUGAAUCUGGACUUUUUUGUGAGGCAUAACGAUGCAAAGGUAGAUCAUUACUGGGCGAAUUGGGAUUUGUGUAAUUUGGCGUCGAUGCUGUCGAUUGGGGUUUUGGCGGAUAAUGAGACGAUUUAUGGGGAGGCGGUGGAGUAUUUUAAGAAUGGGACGGGCAAUGGGGCGAUUGAGAAGAUGGUUUGGAAGCUUUAUGAAGUUGAGGGGCAAGUUUUGGGACAGGGGCAGGAGGCGGGUCGCGAUCAGGGGCAUGCGAUGUUGGAUUUUGGGCUGCUGGGGGCAAUUGCUCAGGCGGCGUUUCAUCAGGGGGAGGAUUUGUUUGCGUAUGCCGAUAAUCGCAUUCUUGCUGGUGCUGAGUAUGCCGCGAAAUACAAUCUUGGUCAUGAUGUGCCCUAUACUACUUACCAGAAUAGUGAUGUCACGCAGACGGUCAUUAGCGACAAUGCGCGGGGCGAUGUUCGGCCGAUCUGGGAACUGUUGUAUAAUCAUUACGGUGUUUAUAAGAAGUUGAAUGCUACUUGGACGAAGCAGUACCGGGAUAUGGUGGUUGAGAAGGGCGAAGGUGCUGAGGGUGGUGGUGGUUACUAUGGGGGUACUAGUGGUGGAUUUGAUCAGCUGGGGUAUGGCACUUUGCUGUACACUCUUUAG